AUGGCUCUUCCCGAAGUAAGCGCUCGCCUGCGCUGCCGACCAGACACACAAGCAACACCACAUGACCUCCUGGUGGAAAGCCUCGAGCCAGACGCCAAAGCGCGCACUCGGAGAAAAAUAAGCAACAGCUCCCAGCCUCUUGGACGCUCCGCCAGAAUCAAGCGCCUCAGACGGCGCCGGGUGCCGAACCUCCUCAAGCGCCGCUGGAGCCUGCCCCUGCUGCUGGUGAUGCUGGUCGCCAGCCUGUACGCCGCGCACCCCACCGAGUCCAACGUCGCGGGGCGCCUGCUGUUCCUCUCGUAUGGCCCCGGCGACGAUACGAGUGGACGGUCGCCGCCGCGCUACGGUAAGGGCCCCUGGGACCUCGCCCUUGUCGCCUUCUACACUGUCCUCCUGACCUUCACCCGAGAGUUUUGCAUGCAGGAGCUGCUGAGGCCGCUGGCCCGCUCCUGCGGCAUCAAGUCCCCCGCCAAGCAGGCCCGGUUCAUGGAGCAGGCGUACACGGUCACGUACAUUGCCUUUGCCGGGCCGUUUGGCAUGUGGUGCAUGCGUAGGACGCCCGCGUGGUACUUUAACACCCGGGGAAUGUACGAAUCGUACCCGCACACGGCCGUCGAGGCCCCGGUGAAGUUCUACUACCUUUUCCAGGCCGCUUUUUGGGUCCAGCAGGCCAUGGUCAUGGUCCUGGGCCUGGAGAAGCGGCGCAAGGACUUUAAAGAGCUCGUGGUUCACCAUAUAGUCACCAUCUUUCUUAUCGCUCUUAGUUACCGGUUCCACUUCACCCAUGCCGGGAUCGCUAUUUAUGUGACGCACGAUCUAAGCGAUAUGGUUCUGGCGAUGUCAAAAUCACUCAACUACGUUGGGAGCCCUCUCCAAAUCCCCUGCUUUGCCGUCAACAUCGCGACCUGGAUCUACCUCCGACAUUACAUCAACAUUAGGAUUCUUUACUCCAUCCUCACCGAAUUCCAAACCGUUGGCCCGUUUCAGCUGGACCGGAGGGCUGGCCAGUACAAGUGCCGCAUUUCACAGGUAAUCGCAUUUGGGUUGCUGGCCGCCCUCCAGAUUCUCAACAUCUUCUGGCUGUUUUGCCUGUUCCGGGCUGCCUAUCGCAUUCUGUUUCGAGGGAUUGCCAAGGACGACCGGUCCCAGGAUGAGGACACGGCGACGAACGAUGCUGUCAGCGAGAAGCCUGAGUGA